AUGUUGCGUCGUAUACUUGGAUCAACCCUCUUAAAGACGAAAUCACCUUUUGUACCUCAAUUGCUACCUAUUUGCUUUCAACAACAACGUUUUGCAGGUCACAACAAAUGGAGUAAAGUGAAGCAUGUCAAGGGAGCAAAAGAUGCCAAAAAGAGUUUAUUAUAUUCUAAAAUAUCACUCGAAAUCGUUUCAGCUGCAAAGACAGGAGGACCUGACCCUUUGUUAAAUAACCGACUCGCUGCUGCACUGAACAGAGCCAAGGCAGCCAGUAUGCCAAAGGAUAGUAUUGAAAAUGCAUUAAAGAAGGCAACAGACAAAAAUAAGGAUGACCUUGAACAUGUACAGUACGAAUGUAUGGGUCCAGGAGGUAUUGCGCUUAUUGUUGAGGCUCUGACUGAUAAGAAAUCACGCACGGUAAAAGAAGUGAAGGAAGUCAUCAAUCGAGUAGGUGGUUCAGUUUCCUCUGUAGGCUACUUGUUUGAGAAAAAGGGACGAGUUGUGUUCACACCAGGAGAAUCCAAUCAUUCGUUUGAACAGAUCAUGGAUGUUGCAAUUGAGUCAGGUGUGGAGGAUAUUGAAGAAGGAGAGGAUAACCUGAUUGAAAUCACCUGCGAGUUUCCUGAACUGAACUCGGUCUCAAAGACACUGAUGAAUCAAAAAUACGAAGUACAGCAGAUUGAGGCAACGUAUGUUCCAACCAGUGUGGUGGAAGUGAAUGAUAAGGAAACAGUGGAGUUGGUGACAAAAUGUUUAGAAGAUAUGGAAGACCUACAAGAUGUUGUAAAAGUACAUACAAAUGCAGUUGUUCAAAACUGA